AUGGACGAGUGCAAAAGCCACCACCACGACUCCACCUCCCCUUGCUGCCUCAAGGGCAAGAAACCCGCGGCCAAGGACCCGUCCACUGCAGCACGCUACCGCGGGGUCCGUCGCCGUCCCUGGGGCAGGUAUGCGGCCGAGAUUCGUGACCCCCAGUCCAAGGAGCGGCGAUGGCUCGGAACCUUCGACACAGCGGAGGAGGCCGCCUGCGCCUAUGACUAUGCUGCUCGUGCCAUGCGUGGCGUCAAGGCCCGCACCAACUUCAAUUACCCCAACACUCCUGACUUCCCAUUCCACUUUCAGUCCUUCCCCUCUAAAGCCCCACCUCCUCCUCUCCCUCUCCCUCUCCCUCUCCCUCCUCGUCGCUAUGACUGGCUUGCUUCGAGCUCCAGUAAUGGAGGAAACAGGUUAUCGACUUCGAUCGAGAAAAAUCAGAUCGAUAUGAUGCUUCUCCAGGGGUUUGUUUCGGGCUAUAAUGUGGCACCCAAAACCGAAGCCGGAAAUUUGUUUUCUGGAGAUUUUUCCUCGUGUCUUCCACAACCCAUUUCGAGGCCUGAAUCUCUGAAUUUGCCCUUCCUGGAGGAACCAGUUUGCGAAGCAAAGGUGGAGGAAGCUAGAAAACUGCCAGAAUUUGAUGACUUUUCCGUAGAGUCUCCAGAUUCUGGCCUGUUGCAAGAGGUGAUUCAUCAGUUCUUCCCGAAGAAAUCACCGGAUGAAAAAUUUGGGCGGAAUCUCAGCAAUAUCGAGGAUGCAGCGGGUUUUCGGGGUAGUGACGUAGAGGAAGAGGUGAUCAAGGGAUUAGAGAGUGAUCAUUUGAGCAUGUAUUUAGAUUUGCAGAGGCAAUUACAGGAGGGUGGCAUGGAUAAGAAUGUUGUUGGUUGUGAUGGUGGGUUUUGUUCUCAGGCGAUGGGAGUUGGGGGUUAUCCAGCAGUGACAGAGGGGAUGAUGGAGGAAUUGAUAAGGUGCCCUGCAUUGCUAGAUUUGUUUGCUUCAAAGUUGCAGAAUCUUUGA